ACAUGGAUAGAAUGACAAGAUGGUGGGAAUCAAAACAGAGAAAAGCACGUGGAUAAAUGUCAAACCGAUUUCGCACGAAAUGUUGGCGACUGAGUGAAGCAUCAUCAAGACUGAAGGAUCGGGACUUCCACACCAGCCGACAAGUAUGAUAUAGGCCCAACAGUUAUGUGAAGGUGUUCUGUAAUAUGACAAUCCUAUAACAGGAUAAAUUGAUGAAAAUGGCUGUAUGUCAACUUCUAUCCAAAUGUUUCCGCCAACAAAAUAUUUUGUCCACGAAAUUACCGUUAUCCUUCAGAAGUAAUACGCAGUAUUCCAGAGAUAUUAACACAAGUGACUUGUCUAUAGAAGAUCAAGCAUCACUUUAUGUACAUUGGCCAUAUUGUUCGAAGCGAUGUACAUACUGUAACUUCAACAAAUACAUCAAUCGCAAUGUAGACAAUGAACGAAUGACAAAGUGCCUUACCACAGAGACCAAAACCCUGAUAGAGUCUAGCCAAGUCAGCAGAAUUAACUCUAUUUUCUUUGGAGGAGGAACACCAAGUCUAGCAGAGCCAAGGACAAUCGCCAGUGUUAUUGAAGCUGUCACUAAGACAACACAACUGCAUGCAGCAGCCGAAGUCACGCUGGAGGUCAAUCCCACUCUCCUGGAAACUGGAAAGUUGAGGGAUUUUCGAUCAGCCGGAGUGAACAGAGUGUCCAUUGGGGUACAGGCCUUUAAGGACACAGAUCUAAAAGUAUUAGGCAGAGAACACAGUUCCCUGGACUCCAUAAAGUGUAUAGAGGAGGCGGUCAGUCUGUACCCAGGACGAGUGUCUGUAGAUGUCAUCUUCGGUCGACCCGGCCAAACCCUUGACAGCUGGAUCACAGAGAUACAUCAAGUGUUGUCUAUAUGUGACCAGCACAUCUCUCUAUACCAGCUGACACUAGAAAGGGGCACACAACUCUUCAAGUGGGUCCAAAGUGGACUUAUUGAGUUGCCAGAAGAAGACAUGAUGGCAGACAUGUACCUGGAAGCAGUGGAAAUUUUGGAAAAACAUGGGUUUGAACAGUAUGAAGUAUCUAACUUUGCUAAGAAUGGUGCAAGGAGUGACCACAACACAGCCUACUGGACAGGACAGCAAUAUAUAGGAGUGGGACCAGGAGCCCAUGGUCGGUUUGUCCCACGGGGGUUGGGGCAACGUACGAGAGAAGCACGGAUACAAACCCUUGAGCCCAUUCCCUGGAUGUUUGAAGUAGAGAGAGAUGGCCAUGCCACACGUAGGAUUGUGGAACAGACAGACAAAGAUAUCUUGAAAGAAUUAGUUGCUGUGGGCCUUAGAACAAAGGAGGGAGUAACACAUAUGAGUUGGAACCUAAGGUGCCCAGAUCAUACACUCUGGUCAGUUUUUCAAGGACCGACAAUUGCGUCGCUGAUCAACACCCAAUUCAUAAUCCUUGACAAUAGAGGCCUUCGAACCACGAAGAAGGGGAUGGCCGUAUUGGAUGCCAUGUUACCAGAUCUUAUCAUUGCUAUUGAAAAUAGAUUUCUCAUUCCAUCGAUGACUCAGAGAUAAGAUAAUUAUAACACAGACUGUGAUAUAAGAGACAAUGUAACGUCUAUAGGCCUACAUGAAGACAAUUUGAGAUAACACAGACAGUUGGUCAAUAUGGCUUUUAUGCAAAGUGUCAUUUUACAUGUACAAUAAAAACUUGAUAAACUUGCAGUAUAACUUAUAAAAUGAAGAAAGUCCAGGAUUCUGUUGAUGAUGAAAGUGUAAAGUAUGUACAGUGUAUGUAGAUAAAUUCCUGGUACAUGCUGUAUGUUUUUUUUUUAUAAAAUGUUAAUUUUAAAAAUUGAUAAUACGGCAGGGGUUUGGGUACUUUUCCAUAGUAGCCAGAUCCCUGCCCUAUCAUAAAUCUUUAAAAUUAGCAUCUUAUGCAAGCACCUGUGAUCAUUGGUUGAGAUUAUAAGCCAUGCAACAGCUGUUGAUUUGUAAAUGUAUAUUUGUUUACAAAAUUCCUGGGAAAUGUAAUAAAAUUUUGAAUACUUUG